GAAUCGUUAUAUAGACUGUUGUGAGUUCUUAAAAAAGGCAACCUCACUGGGCUUUAGUAGUGUUUUAAAUGUGCCCUUGGAGCAAGGUCAAACCGUCGUUUUACACUUUACGCAUUCGGUGCGUAAAAGCCAAAUGGACGGCACGGUCCCUAUGUACCGUGCCUGGAGUUGUCUCCACGGUUGUGGGCAGGGUACAACUCAAGUCAUCAGGGUUGUUAAGCGUUGCUGUUGUGAGAGGAAAGUAAGUCAUUAAUCAAAGCAGAGGGAUUGUCAGUCAACAGUCCAAAUCGCAGGAAGCACAACAAACUAUUUUACCAAAUAAAAGGGGCCAUUAGUUUUGCGUGGCCUGCUCUCUGUCACUAGAGGAGCAGUGGUACUGUAUAUAACCUGGAUGCUGUGUAUCUAUAUGUCAGCAUGCCAGAGAACACAUUUGGAAUAAAGAUCACAGUUUCUAUGUGGUAACAUUGAUGAUAGCUCAGAGAAUAAGUUGACAGUAUAAAAAAUAAUUUUAAUAACAAUAACUGCAUGCCUCACAUUUUUUUUACAUUACUGAAAGAUCAAAAACACUGUGAAAUGAUUAUAAAAGAGUUGAACUUACUCAUUGCUACUCCUAUCCUACAAAGGCCAUAAAGUGCAAUGCCAAACAAACCAGCCAUUACACGUUUUGUCACUUAAACUGUGUUUUUUCUUUCCUCCUCCUCCUUCUCUCUCCAAAACCAUAAAGCUGUUUAUUCACAACAAUUUUGGUUUCUCUUUUCUUUUUUCACUUAAAAGAAAUAUAAACACUAUUAUAUUGGGUGUGCCAUGGCCUAGUUAAGACAAAGGUGGAUUCCAGGCAGAGGAAAAAAGGCUCAAAAUGUCACAUCCGGCACAUUCUCUUCCUUCUUCUCAAUCCUUCUCAAGGAUAGUUUUUAAUCAUAGUCCGUGAGAGAUGAGGAAAUCGAGUGUAAGAUCCCUCUUUGGAACAAAGGAAACCCAUAUAGGCCACUGAGUCCUGUGUGUUUUUGUUAGGAAAAUGGCUGCCGAUGCCCCCUCUCUCUGCUCUGCGUUGAAGGACUCCUGAUCCUCGCCUCUAAUAGUGGACGGCUCCUCUGCUGCCGCGCUCUGAUUGGUCCGCCGCGCCGCCGCUGUUAACCAGCCAAUUGCCCGAGCACCGCAAAAACAGCAGGCGACGUCAAACAAAACCCGGUUUAACCUAAAAAAAAUACACGAGUCCCGGUAAUUUUCAAUAAAAACACACGAGACAUCUAAAAAGCCACGCUGCGAUCGCACGGGUUUAAAGAAGCGUCACAAAAACACGAGGAACUACAUAUCCGGGUUGGCACUAGUUUGUCUUUCCUGAGUGGAUUAGAGGCAGACAGGGAAGGAUGUAACAACCCGCCGCAUUCCUACGGUUCUUCCGCAUUACUUCAUUCAACUUAGCGUUCGUAUUUGAAAUAAAUAAACCAACAAACAUCUAGCAGUUAGCUCCACGUUAGCUCCUUUGUUCGUUUCCUCCGCAGCUAAGCGUGUGUUUUAUUCGCCUCCAGCGGCGGUUCACUACAUAUUGACCCCUGUGUAUAUCUCGCUUGGGUUUGCCAUCUGGGUUGAAAGCAGUCGGCAGAUUCGACACACACACAAAAAAAAAAUGAUUGAGAGGGUUUAGCGACGCAUGCUUGCUGCCGCCCCCGUGGUUUCAUUUUAUAUUCGCAUUCUUCGUUUUUUAACGAGUCGCUUGAAAGAUCGGCGCUUUAAAAAAAAACUGCGGUAAAGAAAAAUGAUAAUAACUGACAAGCGGAGGGAGAAGUAAGUUUGCGCCGAAAGUGCGGCCAGCGUCGAGGGUGGUGGGCAAGCAAGCCUGGCGGUGUAUUGUGGGAGAGACAGGAGCAGCCACGGACCAGAGAGGCACACAAUAUGUGCUGGCUCUCGCCGAAAAGGAGGCAGUAUUCUUCCGGCGAAAUCAUGUAAUGUAAGCGGCGAAAGGAGAGCGAUUUGUGUCUUUUCAUCAGUUCGAGAACCACCCCCCCUCCUCCAGUCGAUCGGACGAACCAUGUCCAAGCCCGGGGAGAGAAACAGGUUGAGCGAAGACCAUGGCAGAAAGCAGAGUUCAAGUCUGGCGAACGGCAUGGACAGUCACCCCGUCUGCGGCUCGGCGGAGAAGCGGAGUCACCACUGGAGAAGUUACAAGUUGAUCAUCGACCCGGCGCUGAAGAAGGGCUCGCACAAGCUGUACCGCUACGAUGGACACACUUUCAACAUGCCCAACCCCGGGAUGUCCCCGGUGGACAUUGUCCGGGACCCGAGGAUCGGUCGCCUCUGGACUAAGUACAAAGAGACGGAUCUACCGGUGCCUAAGUUUAAGAUCGAUGAGUGCUACAUCGGCCCCGUGCCUCCCAAGGAGGUGACAUUCGCCCGGCUCAACGACAACAUCAGGGAAGGAUUUCUCAUGGACAUGUGCAAGAAGUUCGGGGACAUCGAGGAGGUGGAGAUCCUGUACAAUCCGAAGAACAAGAAGCACCUGGGAAUUGCCAAAGUGGUUUUUGAGACCGUGAAAGCCGCGAAGGUGGCGGUGCAGUCGCUCCACAACACGUCUGUUAUGGGAAACAUCAUCCACGUGGAGCUGGAUCCGAAAGGUGAAAAUCGCCUCAGGUACUUCCAGCUCCUGAUGAAUGGCAGCUACAAUCCAAUGACCCUGCCUGUUGGUGGAGAGGACGCCAGAGACGUUUCCCCUCGUAGCCUGGCUGAGGUCUUACUGGCCUGCGAGCCCAUCCGAAGGUUGUCAGAGAGCAGCGUGUCAGCCGGGGGAGCAGCUUUACCACCCAGCAGCUCCUCCACUCCUCUGUCACUGGAUACAGGUUUCUCCAGCCUAAGGCAGGACACACCCCAGUCCCAGGGAACCCCUCUUACCCCCCGCCAGACAAGUACGCCCUUUUCUCAAGACUCUAAUUACUCUAGUCGGCAGUCCACGCCUGCGUACCAGUCCAGCCGACCUGAGAGCUCCGGAGGAUACAAAUCCCGGAGACACGAGAGUAAGUUCCAAGAUGCGUACAACCGGAGACCAGAGAGGCCUCAGUACCGCAGCAACAUGUAUCGAGGUACGACAUCGGAACAGGGUCUGUUCAAACAGCACCAACUCACCCCACCUGAACCUCCACCCUCCACCCCGUCUUUCACAGCCCCUCCCCCUGCUACGCCCAACUUCAAGUCCACGUACUCGCCCUACCAGGCUCCGCUGCCCCCUGCGUUCCCCCCAUCAGAGCCUACUUUCCAUCACCCACCCCAGAGGGAGGGUGAUUACCUCCGACCACCUCAGCCGCCGCCACCACCGGCUGCCACUGACUUUUUGCCUGUCAAGGAGGGACCAGAAACCCCUCCGAUUCCCGAGCCCCCACCUGAGCCCGCAGCCCAACCGACCACCCCUCCUCCUCAAACGCCAGAACGCUGCCCCUCCCCUGGCUCCCCUGCACUGGAUCCAGAGCGCAAUAGCCUGGACUCCCGCAUUGAGAUGCUCCUCAAAGAGAAACGGACAAAACUUUUGCCUUUCCUGGAGGAACGAGAUUCGGACACUGAGGUGCGAAUGGAGGGAAGUCCGAUUUCCUCCUCGUCCUCUCAGCUUUCCCCAAUUCCCCCUUACACUGGCAGCUCUCAGGGUGGGCAGCAAAACUCCCGUCCAUCUAGCACAGGCCUGGAGGACAUCAGUCCGACCCCACUACCGGACUCUGAGGACGAGGAGCCGAUUCCUGGAACUGCCCCUCUGGUCAAGAAAAUCACUUCUCCUGUCCACGAGAAGAUGAGCAACAGUGAACUGAAAGAUGGACAGUUUCGAGUCCACACUCCCACUGAUAAAAUGGACACGAGUCAUCAGUCGUCAGGCGAAGACAUGGAAAUCUCUGAGGAUGAGAUGCCUGGGACUCCAAUUACCAGUGGCGAAUGUGGCAAGGGCAUCGUUGUCAACUCCGCAGUGUCCCCGAUGCAGACCAUUACCAUCCCUCCCCCCGGCUUCCCCCCUCUGCCACACCAGGCCGCCUUCACGAUCCCGCAUCACCAACUGUCCCUUCACGCUGCCGUCCAGGGGCAUCCUGCUCACCUGGCCGGUCAUCCCGGAGUGCCUCACCACAUGCUUCCACACAUGGGUCCCUACCCUCCGAGCAUGAUGCCACUGGUGCAAAUGGAGCUAAUGAAUUGCUUGCGGUGGGAGCAGUGGAGCACGGUGCCCAUGUCGUUCCAGAUGCAGCAGCAGAUGUUGAGUCGGAUCGCUCAGACUAGAGGGCCCUAUCCCUAUCCACACUUUAUGGACAGUGGUGCGUCGGCCCAGUUUGGUGGACCUUACGCACCUCUGUCUCUCGGUACUGCGCCCACGAGUGGCAGUGCAGGGGCACCUGGACAACAGUGGCAGCAAUCCAGCGUACCAAAGUUCAACCCCACUGUUCCUCCACCUGGAUACGAGGGUAAAAAGGAGGAUCCGCACAAGGCCACUGUCGAUGGCGUGCUACUGGUUAUCGUCAAAGAGCUGAAGGCCAUCAUGAAGAGGGACCUCAACCGUAAAAUGGUCGAGGUGGUGGCUUUUAGAGCCUUUGAUGACUGGUGGGAUAAGAAGGAACGCUCAGCAAAGGCAUCUUUGACUCCAGUGAAGGGCGCAGAGGGGAAAGAAGAAGAAAGACCCAAACCCAAAGAGACGAUUGGUUCGAGUCUGCUGGAGAACUGGAACAAGGGCGAGGGACUGGGCUAUGAGGGAAUGGGCCUGGGAAUCAGUUUGCGUGGAGCCAUCCGUCUACCCUCCUUCAAGGUGAAAAGGAAGGACCCACCAGAGGCCGCGACAGCAGGCGACAGUAAACGAGCCCGACCCUCCACUCCAGUCGAUGACGAGCUGGAGGAUGAAGACCGGGAUCGAGACCCAGCCGAGCUCCCCUUGGACGAUUCAAAAAUGGACAGCGACAGCAUGUCUGCAAAGCGACGGCACUCGCGGCCACUGGAACUGGACAGCGAGGGAGAGGAGGAGGUGGACACGUCAGGGAAGGAGGAGUCGUCGUUGUCGGACAGAGCGGAUGAACCUGAUGAAACUGGAGCUACAGACAUGCUGUUGUCAGGAAAAGAGAGUGGUGAUGAGGAGGGUGACGAUGAAGACUCAUCCAGCGAGAGUGCCUCCUCCGAUUCAUCUGAUGAUGAAGCCGAGAGUUCAGCCUCCUCCAAGGUCGGCUCAGACUCCUCAGCAGAGAGCGAAGACUCUUCCGAGAACGAGUUAAGCUCAGAAGAGGAGGACGAUGAGGAGAGGGAAGAAGUGGAGACAGUAGCAGAAGAGGAUGAAGGCAAAGAGGCUGUGACGUCGUCCACCUCUUCGUCAUCAUCGUCCUCAUCUUCUGAUGAAGAGGAGGCGGAGGCCAAGCCCCCGAGCCCACCUGCAGGACCUGUCCUAGAAGACAAGGAGGAUAAACGAAGCAAAGAGGUGCUUAGCAGCAAGAACAAACGCAGACCCCCAAGUCCUGUGGAGGAGGCAGUGGACCUGAAGCCGCCUUCACCUAAAGGCCCAGUCAAAGAGCGAGACGGCACCAUCCCCGUAGUGAAGUCUGAACCUCAGGAGCACGUAGCGAACCUUCGGCCACCCACGCCCACAGGCACGGCGCCAGACAGUGACCGGGAGUCGAAAGCCAAAGGUAAAACAGAGGCUGGGGAAGUAGCCUGUACCCCCGGUCGAUUACCCCCACCCCAUUUAGAUCCAAACGCACCUGUCCCCAAACCCGUCUCCGCAUCUUCAAUGCACCUCCCUCUCCCUCCUCACCCUGCGAUAGAAGGUCGUUCCCUCCUUCAUCCACCCCCCGGUCCCCUUCCUGACCUCCCACAGCGGGCCAGGCUCCCCACAGAUGAAGACAUCCCCCGUACACCGGGGAGGGAUCUGAUGGAGCGUGCCCGCAGUCUGGGCAAGUCCCAGAGCACGGACACAGUGCCCAACACACCCGGUAGUGACGCCCCGCUUACGGGGAGUAGCCUUUUGCUUAGCUCGCCUCACAUCCCUGGUAGCCCCUUUUCCUACCCCGCUCAAUCCCCUGUCCUCAGUGCUGGAGUCCCCCGCACCCCAGGAAGAGACUUAACCUUCACCCCUGUCUUCCCUGACCCCACAGCACUAACUCUUAAUAGGAAAGUAUCCUCUGAGAGCCUGGAUGAUAGACCAGUUUUUAAGGAGCCGCCCAUUUGUGCACUGCCUAAUCAAACCCUGUCCACUGACACAGAGCUCUCAGCUAGUGUCCCUGAAGAUCUGCCUGCUGGUCUCACUGUAGACGUCCCUGUGCCAUCAGACACUGCUUCAUCGAAGAGGAAACCUGGACGACCCAAAGGCAAAAAGAUACCAUCUGCUGCGGACGACGAGUCUUUGGAGCUCUCAUCCGAGUCCACUACAUUGCUUCAUGGAGCACACCUCAUAGAUCUAUCCACGCAAAUCACGUCGGCCAAGUCUCCUGACCACCCGAGUCUGGACUUCCGGGAAGGAGACGUCAAGCCUCAGACGGUUCUGCCCGCAGAAGAUGGCUUCCUCUCCUACGAGGACGAGGCGCCUGUGGUCGUGAAGCCGGCUCGGAGGGCGCGGCGAGGCUGGGAAGAGCUGCUGCUGAACAGCCUGUCCCCGGUCACCACGCCGCCUCGGCCGUACUUCAAGCGACGCUCUGACUUCGAGGAGAUGACCAUCCUGUACGACAUCUGGAACGAGGGAAUAGAUGAGGAGGACAUUCGGCUCCUGCAGAUCACCUAUGACAAGAUGCUCCAGCAGGAUAAUGGCAACGACUGGCUCAACGACACACUCUGGGUCGGCCAUCCUUCUACCAACAUCCCUGGAGUGAAGAAAAAGAGGCGAGACGACGGCAUGAGGGAUCACAUGACCGGCUGCGCCCGAAGCGAAGGUUACUACAAGAUCGACAAGAAGGACAAAAUCAAAUAUCUUCAGAGCACGAAGCUGCAGUAUGAGGAGCCGCCGGUCGACACUCAGGGUAUGAGUAUUCCUGCACAGGUCCACGCCUCUACCAGAGCUGGCUCGGAGCGGCGGUCAGAGCAGCGACGCUUGCUGUCCUCUUUCGCAUGUGACAGUGACCUGCUGAAGUUCAACCAGCUGAAGUUCCGUAAGAAGAAGAUCAGAUUCUGUAAGUCGCACAUCCACGACUGGGGUCUGUUUGCCAUGGAGCCCAUCGCUGCUGAUGAAAUGGUGAUCGAGUACGUCGGACAAAACAUCAGACAGGUGAUCGCGGACAUGCGGGAGAAGCGCUACGAGGAAGAGGGCAUCGGCAGCAGCUACAUGUUCCGUGUCGACCACGAUACCAUCAUAGACGCCACCAAGUGUGGCAACUUCGCCCGUUUCAUCAACCACAGCUGCAAUCCCAACUGUUAUGCGAAGGUCAUCACUGUGGAGUCUCAGAAGAAGAUCGUCAUCUACUCCAGGCAGCCGAUAAACGUCAACGAGGAGAUCACGUACGACUACAAGUUCCCCAUCGAGGACGAGAAGAUCCCCUGUUUGUGUGGGGCAGAGAACUGCAGAGGAACGCUGAAUUAACGUCCGGUCGACAGCAGAAGAAUCUCCUGCGCAGACUGCACGCUGACUCCCUGGACGAGGAGGAGGGGAAGACGGGAAGGUCUUGUUCCGGGGCAAAACCUGCAGACGGUCUGAAUAAAGUUUAAGCUACCUGUACGGAACUCUUCACAUAUUUAACUCUAGAUUGUUUACGAAUUAUGGUGCUCUUGAAAAGAAAAAAUGCAUAGUUUUUUAUGAAUGCCAGUGACCCAGAAUCUACAGAAGACUUGACAUUUCCUCCCCCUCCUCUCAGCGAUUUCAGUAUUUCAGCACGGCCCCUUCCCCUUCGAGUCCUGGUUUGUACAGUUUUACACU